CAUUGAUCUUCUUCAUCGCAUUUCUUGGAAUCCAGAACCUAUGUCAUGGCCAAUACACAGCGGCUGUGCCCUAUCCCGGCUACUGUAACCCGCUUCCAUGUGUACUUGGCAUUGCUGUAUCCCCGGCCCAAACAUCACUACCCCUAGAACUACAACCACUACAACCACAAUCCCUCCCAUAACUACUCCACCAAGUAACCCUGUUGCGCCAUGUCUUCCAGUUUGCGGGGUCUGUCCAACAUAUGGUACACCAACCAUUACUACUGCGCCAGUUGCCACAAAUACACGAAUUUGCCCCUUAACUGGUAGAGUUAUUGGACGCAAAAGGAGAAGUACUACUCAGCGUAGCUGUGCUCUGAAUUCCCAGUGUCCUCAAGGGUCGAUGUGCUGUUUCGACGGCUGCAGUGGCGGAAGGGUUUGCAAACGAGAAGUUCCGAGGAAUACGUCCAUUGCCUACGACGCUGCUUGGGGGAAUCCUAGGAACACUGAGAUACGACACUGCCUUGGGGAAUCCUAG